CUCUCUCUCUCUCUCUCUUUCUCGUUUUUACUUGUAUCCCUUCCUCUCUCUGUCGCUUUAUCGCCGAUCGCAGCGGAAUGGAUACCGGCUACCUUCUCAGCGUCGAGCCUCAGGAGCUUCAAUUUCCAUUUGAAUUGAGGAAGCAGAUCUCUUGUUCCCUACUGCUGUUAAAUAAGAGCGACAAUUAUGUGGCUUUCAAGGUUAAGACGACGAAUCCAAAAAAUUACUGUGUUAGGCCUAAUGCUGCGGUUGUCUCGCCAAGGUCCACUUGUGAUAUUAUAGGUCUUUUCUCUCCGCCUUUUUCCAAUUAUCCCGUUGUGUUUAGAUGACAUUUCUCUUUCAUU